AUGUUCGUCCUAUUAGUAGCUCUUAUAUUUGUGCGCAGAGGUGAAUCGGGAGAUGGCGUCCCGCUAACAAAAUGCCUUGAUCCUAAUACUGGAGCCGUCGCUCGUCCAUUGCCGCUUCCAUCAGCUUGUAAGGACAAAGAUCCAACUAUUUGCAGUGCCAUUUUUGCCGUUCGAUCGGGCGCUUUAGCAGAUAAUGCAGUUGCAACAAAUGCGUUUUUGGUCAAUCCCAACUGCCAAAACGCGACUGUUCUUACAGCUGCUGAAGCUUUGUGUCCCUCCUCAUGCGCAGUUUGUUGCUUAACGCCUGAAUUUAGUUGCCAAAAUUGUAUGUUUCUUAUUGUACAAACCAACUUAAUGAGAAGACGAUUUCUUCAGGAAAUUAAGUGA